ACUGGAGCGCUACAGAGAGCGGACGCAGGAAGCGGAGCACCUUCAGCAGCUCCCAUCGCCAGACCCUGGACACUGAUCCGAGAGGGUGAAGCCAUGAAGACAUGAAGGCAAUGAGUGGUGGUACUGAGACUUUGGAAACCCUGGACACAGGCAGUGGAUUAGGAAUGAAGACGAAAUAGACCGGCACGAUCCAGAAUAGAAGAGACCGAGUCUGAGCGGCUGAGCGCACAGGUUUUCCCUUGUGAUCCCUGACAGAGCGAGGACAGUGAAACUGACUCGACCAUUGUCUCUUCACUGUUUCCGGGCAGAGUGAGGCUCUCUGGGUGCCUCUGCGGUCCAUUGUGACUGUAGAGAAGAAAGAAAGAUCCAGCUUGUCUGCAUAAAGACCUAUUCAGCAUCAUUUCUCCUUGCCAGCUACACUUGCAACCCUAAGAACAGCAACGAAGUCUCUGCACUAUCCCUAGCCCCAAGCCUAUCUUCUAACCCCAUUAUCCCUAUCCCACUCUCUCAGCCCAUUCCUUUUCCCCAGCCUCAGCUUCAGCCUCAGCCUUCUGCCCCAUUCGGAGUCCCAGAUGACAGCUCAGAAACAUCCGUUACCCUCCCACUCCACACAAGCCUUCUUUCCUCUCCCUCCAGCCCCCAUGGCGCUUGGCACCAAUGCCCAUCACAUAGACAGAUGGAGCCAACCCUGACCCCUCUCCUCGCCCGUGGGGACGCCAAGAGAAUCAACGCCUGACUAGAGGAGGGGGGUGGUGGGCGGUGUCUGUGAGUGCGUGUGGGGGUGACAGGAAGGAGGGUGGAGGAGAGUAUUGCUUUGUCACCACGGCAACACAUCGCCUUGUCUCCUGUGGACUUCCCUUCAGCCCAACCCAAGGCCCUCAGAUGAAAACGCACACAGCAGGAAAUUCAGCAGCAGGACAAGAAGGACCUCUUUUUUCUCCCUAAAUUGUGCCUGACAUAUUUUCCUUGGACUAUUUGGCAGAUAUAGCUUGUUCCAUGUUGUGUGUGGAGAGAAGAUGCUAACAUUGACAAAAUUCUAAAUAUAGGAAACAUCAUUUGAACAGAAACUGGAAACCACAAGAAGACAGAUUCUGAAGAAAAGCCUGCUCUUCAGUCUUAAGUGUUCGCUGAAGUUUUCUGAACACCACAAAAGUUUAAUUCUGAGACACUUCCUUUUCCCUCUGGCGUUUGUGAUCUAAAUGAACGACAGUAAGAUAAGAUGCAAUCGCCUGGCAAAAAUGUUGCCAUUUUCACUUGCAAAUCAAUACGUGGGAGGGAUUUUUUUACAGUAAGAGAACAACUGUUUUCAUCGUGCUUUCUAAACCUGAAUAAAGCAGAAGCUUGACCCUGACAGCAAAAAGGAAAUACAUGUGGGACUUCAGUCAGAACUUCCUUGGGUGUGCAUGCAUGCCUUUAUCUAAGCUGCAACAUCCUGCAUUACACCUCUGCUAACUGGUCCAUCAUCUACUUCAUGUCGAGGCAUUUGUAGUUUCCAUCGUCUGACUUAACCUCCCACCUCAGUUGCUGCAAUUGUUACAAGAAUUCUCUGGCUACUCCACUUUCGCUGGAUGUCUUCUAACCUACUCUGCUGACCGGCAUUCUGAUUAGCAUAUAAUGCCAGACAACCAAUUUUAAAAGAACCACGUAUCAACAAUAAAAUGAGACACUAAUGGCCGGUGAAAUGAAUUCAGCGGGCUGACAUAACAGAGGGGGGAAUACCGGAGUCCCAAAGCUUCCCAGGUGACUGCCACGCUGCAAAACCAGACUGGAAAUUCUGUGGAAUUUUGGAUUCUUUGCUUGGAUGUUGAAGCUGUAAGGGGGAUUUUGAUCCAUCUCUGUUAUAUAGUGUGAGCUAUAAUCAUGCACACAGGACCAAGAGACCUAAACGGAUGUUGUUAAACCUUUGCAUACAAGCCAGAGUGGAUAAAGCUACAAUACACUGACCUCAAUCAACUGUUUUAGUACUUUUGCUGCAUUACAUUCAUUUUACUCGGUGUGUAUACAUUUUUAACUCAAGCCACCUUUGAGAUUUUUUCGGGAUAAAAUACAGAGCAACCCUGUAAAACUUGUUGGUCCUGACACACUUGCGGUAAAAGUUGGUGAAUAAAGUAAGGACUGAAAGGAUUAUCACGUGGAUUCUGUCUUCUCUGUGGUGGUGGCUACCUUAUUCAGCAGACUGGGAGUGGCAUUAGGAUGCCUGAACUGGACAACUUUGCCCCCUUGAGGGGUCCCAGGGGCCCUGAAAUUGGUCUAAAUGGUGCAGCAGACCCACUUCGGAUUCAGCACAGCAUCCUGGAGGAGCAGGUGGAGCUGUGGUGGUUCAGAGAUCCUGGGAAGUCUCUGCUCUGCUACUGCGUGUCUGUACUUCUAAUCCUGGGGUGCGGGCUGGGCGGCGUGGGCCUUCUAUCCACUACCACCAGUGUCUCAAGCGAAUGGCGGCUGGGGGCAGGCACGGCCCUCUGUCUGCUAGCCCUGGGGGUCCUACUGAAACAGCUGCUCAGUUCGGCUGUGCAAGACAUGAACUGCAUUCGUAGCCGACAGCGGAUCGACGUACUAAAAAGUGGUGGUUUAUCGGACCUCCUUGUCGUUUUGAUUACCGGGCUGUCGUUGUUGAUUUGUGGGGGGGUUCUACUACGUCUGGCCCUGGCUAACCACAUGCCGAAGCCUGGUCAAGCUCUUAAUGACAUGUACAUCUCUGGUGUGGUUUUGCUUGCUGGAGGGGGGGCUGCAGUUGUGGGCGUUGGGAUAUACUCUGUUGUGGUUGUCCUGCUUGAAAGGACAAGGCACGGACGAAGGUUGGUGGACCGGGUUUUGAAUAUCUUCACUGUUUCUGGACACAUGGACCGUCACGCUCGCAGAGAGACUACCUCCAGUAUGGCUAAUCUCAUAUGAGUUGUAACCAUACCAAGACUGUGUAUUUUGGCCCCUUGGUCCUUAUGUCAGAACAUUUAGCCUCAACUAAAUUAGAGCAGGAUUUAUACCCAAAUAUUACAAGAAAUCUGAUUAAAACAAAAUUCAUCCCAUACAUGCUUCAGCUUUGCCACUAGCUGAUGUAACUGUCUAUGAGGCUAAAUUAGUUGAAUUUUCAAUAUCUGCUUGGUGAGGAUUUUGGCAAUUAGCAAUCAAAUCUCAGUCACAGAGUAAGGUGUGAAAUGAUUGAAGAGUAACACACUGAAGAAGAAUUGCUACAUGGCUAUGCUCACAAUGCAGCUGAAAAUGUCCCAGUUAAGAUUGUUUUCCUCAACAUCAUUAUCAUUCCUCACAAAGCAGAAAGGGAGAAAUAACUGUUGAGGAAAAAAACUCAGUGAAAUUAAAUCCAUUUACAUCAACAUUGCCAGUCAUAGAAUGUCAAUGCACUUGCAAAAGUUUGAAUUAAUUCAGAUGCUGUAGCAUAUAAUUUUAUAUGUAAGUGGUAUUUGAAAGCUUAAAUCAGCAUUUUAUUCUUUAAUCUUACUCCAUACACACAGGACAAAUAUAAAAACAUUGGAGCCUGUGGCAGUUGGAUAGAGGCAGUGUUAGUAUGCAGCUAACAGUUAUGAAAGUUGAAAAGAAUGAAAAUGAAAAUGAAAAGCACACAUCUGAGUUAGAACACAUCUGAAACUAAAGGGAGAAGUGUUGGUUCACAAACAGAAGUGACAUUCUUUGGUGUCAUUGGAUAAGUGCAUCUGCCUGGAACUAAACACAAAGGCCUGUAGUGUCUGCAAUGAAAUGGGUCAUUUGAUUUAUAUAAAGUUCUUUCCACAAAUUAUAUUUGAACAAGAAGUGGUAAAAGGAUUAAUCCUACACAGAUGAAGUGACAAACCUUAGGUGACACAAGGUAAUUGUUAAAGGGGUCAUCUACAAUUGGACUGCUCAAUUAUUGUAAGAUAUUAUGGAUAAGAGCACCAGCCAAAAGGCUAAAAUGUAAAUGAAAGAUACAGAAUGAGUGGUAGAUGGGACAACAUACAUAUGUAUAUUAAAAAAAAAUCUUUUAAAGAUUUUUUAUUUUAAAAGUUUUUUUUAUGAUUUAUGCACAAUAUAUGACAAUAUUCAGCUGACAAAUUUGAGGGAUUCUUUGACUGUGGCUCAAACUGAGGUUGAUCAGUGGGUCAGAGGUCCAGUAAACUCCGACUUUGGAAUGACUCCCUGUGAUCUAAUUUCUUUUCUUAGUUUAAUAAUAGUUUAACAUAAUGUUGUAGGACUGUGGUGUUAUGACAGACUUUGUCAAAACUUCACUGUAACACUUGUCUGUAUGUACACAUGAUACAAGACAACAUGAUUGUUGAAUUAUAUCACAGCACUUUAGAAUGUAAUAAUUUGUGUUUUUUGUGCAUCAACACAGUAUUGUCUUGCUGUUAAUCUCGCAGCGCCUUGUUUUCCUUAAACCUGCUUUAAUCUAUAUUUUUGAUAUUAACACUGAAUCAAAUUACUGUGUAAUGCAAAUGGUCAUUGUUUGUGCUGAAGUCAUCACCAAUCUUUUCAACUCUGCUGAGUUUCUCUAGCCUCUUAGCUCAUUGUUUUUAUAUGUUUUACUUUCAUUGUUGUCAUCAAACCUUGUUGGCAUACAUUUUCAGCUAUAGCUCUGAUAAACCCCAGUGUACACCAUUCACCCGCCACCAACGAGCAAACAAAGGUACAAAGUGGUUGAUAAAUCCUAGCAUCCUGCUAGCUAAUGAUCCAAAUAUUUUCCUCAGGAGUUGGUGGGUGCCAAAUCAGAGCUGAAGAGACUGCUACU